AUGAAAGAGAUGCCCAGCUGGAUGCGGAGGAGGAUACCUCGGGACAAAAGCCAGUCUGGCGCAGCGUUUAUAAUCUUAUGCGAUACGCUUCGUCGACAUGCCCUGGGGGCCCCUAUUGCUGGGUGGAUCCAGUGGGGAAAAAAGCACUAUCAACUGAAAACUCAUUAUUUGAGACGCCUAGUCACCUACGUCGAAAAAGGUGGUAUCUUGGACGGUCACAAGGAUGUGCCGGAAACGGUACACGAGGAAUUAUUCAUAGAAGAGCAGCAGAGACUGGAGAAGAGCCAUCGCAAAGGUGGACAUAUCAUCGGAAAUGGAGUACCGUAUCCUCCUAUUAAUAUCAAUGUCCUGCCUUCGCAGUCUUCGGUCUCUGGAUCUGACAUUUCGGCUGCCCAAGCUGUUGACUUGAAGUCUUCAAGCCCGCUCGAGAUCCCUGGAUCUAGAGACGAAGCCGUCAGAGAAUAUAGUGAGUGGCAGGUGUCAAAUGUCACUGAUGACACUCUCAAGGCUGCAUUUCGACAAGUCUGUGACUUGAUGCUCGAGGAUGGUCUUGACCUUGAGCAGGUCUACAAGGAUCAAGACCCAGGAUUUUUCAUCGGCAAGGGAAUAAAGAUGGGCAUUGCUCGACGUUUCGUAGAAGACAUUCGGCGCUGGGUCGAAAACGUGAAGAAAGCAAUCCCUAUUCAUGAAAUAAUUUAG